AAAAAAAAAAAAUGCAACCUUCAACACUCUCAAUUCUCCUCAUAAUUUCCAUCUCAUUCACAAUAAUCACCUCUGCCGCCGCGUACAAACCGGAGAUAAUAAAAUCCGACGCCGCCUCCCUCUCUCUCGGCUCGACCGACUACGGCAACAUCGUCCACGACAUCCCUCUCGGAGUGGCCUACCCUUCCACGGAGAAGGACGUGGUGGAGCUGAUCAGGGCUUCCCACGCGUCGGGGGAGCCCUUCGCGGUGGCGGCCAGGGGGCGGGGCCACUCGGUGAGGGGGCAGGCGAUGGCGGGAGGCGGAGUGGUGGUGGACAUGACUUCGCUGGGGAAGGGGAAAGGGAAAGAGAGGAUUAGGAUUGAUUUGGAGGGGAUGUAUGCGGAUGUUGGGGGAGAGCAGCUGUGGGUGGAUGUGUUGAAGGAGGCGACCGCGGUGGGAGUGGCGCCCGUGUCGUGGACGGAUUACGUGUAUUUGAGCGUGGGAGGGACGCUUUCGAACGCGGGGAUAAGCGGCCAGGCUUUUAUGCAUGGGCCGCAGAUUAGCAAUGUUGUUGAACUUGAUGUUGUCACUGGGAAAGGAGAAUUCAUGACAUGCUCAAGGACAAGAAAUCCGGAACUAUUUUUUGGAGUGUUAGGUGGUCUUGGACAGUUUGGUAUUAUUACUCGAGCAAGAAUUGUCUUGGACAAAGCUCCCACAAGAGUGAAAUGGGCGAAGUUGCUUUAUAGCGAUUUCACAACAUUUACAAGAGACCAAGAACAUCUGAUUUCAAACAACGCGUCAAACUACGUGGAAGGAUUUAUCGUUACAAAUGAGAAUGCGGCAAGUGACUGGACAUCGUCCUCUCCUUCCCGCAAAGCCGAGGUGGCUGCUUUGCUAAAGAAGCAAGGGGUCCUUUACUACAUUGAACUCGUCAAGUAUUACGAUAAUAACACUGCUGCAACCAUUGAUCAGGAAUUUGAUACAUUAUUGAAGGAGUUGAAGUAUAUGAGUGGUUACAACGCAACAACAGAUGCUUCAUUUGUUGAGUUCAUUGAUGAAUCUGGGGACAUAGACAAUGGGACACCACCACUGCCAUCUCACCCAUGGCUCAAUCUCUUCAUACCCAAAUCUACGAUAGUCGAAUUCAAUGCCGGAGUUUUAGCUGGCAUGCUCCCCAAGCUCAAUGAUACGUCCGGCAUCUUCAUCUUCUACCCGUUCAACAGAAACAAAUGGGAUGACAGAAUGACGGCAGUGGUGCCAGACGAGGAAGUAUUCUACACUCUGGCGGCGCUGCACACAACGCCGCAAGAUGGCUACAAAUCCAUGGAUGAGUUCAACAAUGAGAUUUUGGAGUUUUGCAAAAGCAAAGGGCUAAAGGUGAAGCAAUAUCUUCCAAAUAUAAAGUCCAAGAAAGAAUGGAUGGACCAUUUUGGGACGAAAUGGGAAAUAGUUGAGAAGAGGAAAGCCAUGUUUGAUCCAAAAAACAUACUGUCUCCUGGCCAAAGGAUUUUCAAUUGAUCAAUUUUUUUCUUUUCGGAGUUGUAUGCAUCUCUCUAUCUUUUGCCGGAGAGAUUUAUAUAUGAUGGCUUAGAUGUUCCCGAAAAGAUAGAAAUAAUUGGUUGUUGCUA